UGGGCUUUCGGAAACAGGAAAACGAGUCAGGGAUCGGAAUAAAUUUUAGUAUAUUUUGUGGGCAAUUCCCAGAAAUUAAUGGCUAUGAGUUCUUUUUUGAUCAACUCCAACUAUGUGGAUCCCAAGUUCCCUCCCUGCGAGGAAUAUUCACAGAGCGAUUACCUACCCAGCAACCACUCGCCCGGGUACUACGGCAGCGGCCAGAGGCGAGAGAGCAGCUUCCAGCACGAGGCGGGGUACGGGCGGCGGGCGGCUUGCACCGUGCAGACCUAUGCGUCCUGUCAAGAGCCCGGCCACCCGCCGCCGACGGUGCUGUCCCAGAGGGCUCCAGUCCAGCCGCAGGCAGGGUCCCUUCUCCCUGAGCCGGGCCAGCGCUGCGAGGCGGUCAGCCCCAGCCCCCCGCCACCGCCCUGUGGUCAAAACCCUCUCCACCCCAGCCCAUCCCACUCCUCUUGCAAAGAGCCCGUAGUCUAUCCCUGGAUGCGGAAAGUUCACGUGAGCACCGUAAAUCCCAAUUACAACGGAGGGGAGCCAAAGCGCUCCCGGACAGCUUACACCCGCCAGCAAGUCUUGGAGCUGGAGAAGGAGUUUCACUAUAACCGCUACCUGACCCGGAGGCGGAGGGUGGAAAUCGCUCACUCCCUCUGUCUCUCUGAGCGCCAGAUAAAGAUCUGGUUCCAGAAUCGCCGGAUGAAAUGGAAAAAAGACCACAAAUUACCCAACACGAAGAUCCGAUCAACCACGUCGGGGUCGUCUGGAGGGGCCCAAAGUCGAGCCAAUGCAACCCCCACCUCACUAUAACGCUCCUUAAGGGGAGACCUUGGAUUUAUGGGGGUGGGAGUGGA